CAAUUUCAGAACUGCAGUUGAGACGCACUCUAGAAUCAUUUUUGCUGGGGUAUGGAACACACUCAUCUCUUGUAUCACUGCUGAUAUCAGUGUAUGUGUCUUGUGACCACCUCGAUCCUGCUUGUCAAUUCUUAAUGAAAUCCCGUGUUGGGAUUUUGAUUUGCUCUCUGCCAAUAUGAUCAUUGCAAGUUUUAUGAAGGUUGGAGAAAUAGAUAUUGCCCAGAGGGUGUUUCAUAAAAUGCACACUCAAGAUGUGGUCUCAUGGAACACAAUGAUUGGGGGUUAUGUCAGAAAUGCAUGCUUUGAGGAGGCAUUGGAUAUGUUCAGGAAUAUGUUGAACUCAAACAUAGUACCAGACGGAUUCACUUUUGCAUCCAUUAUAACUGGAUGUGCACGACUUGGAGCUCUUGAUUGUGCUAAGUGGGUACAUAAUUUAAUGUUUGAGAAAAGAGUUGAACUAAAUUACAUUUUGUGUUCUGCACUAAUAGACAUGUAUUCAAAAUGUGGAAGAAUUGAAACAACAAAAGCAAUAUUUGACAGUGAUUGACAUACUGAUGUGUCUGUUUGGAAUGCGAUGAUUAAUGGGCUAGCAAUUCAUAGCCUUGCUUUCGACCCAACUACAAUAUUCUCGAUGAUGGAGGUGGAAAAUAUUUUACCUGAUUCUAUAA